GAGAACACCCGAUUCCCCAGCUUGGCAAGCGGUGACCGACAAAGCGGCAGCAACAUGUCGAUGGGCCUGGAAAUUGGCGGGAUAUCUCUGUCCGUCUUGGGCUGGAUCGGCUGCAUCUUUUCCUGCGGGCUGCCUAUGUGGCGGGUGACAGCCUUCAUCGGCUACAACAUCGUCACUGCGCAGAUAACCUGGGAGGGCCUGUGGAUGGACUGUGUGGUGCAGAGCACUGGCCAGAUGCAAUGCAAGGUCUACGACUCCAUGCUGGCUCUGGCCCCGGACCUGCAGGCCGCCCGUGCCUUGACGGUCAUAUCUAUCGUCCUAGGCUUGCUGGGCAUCCUUGUCUUCUUGAUGGGGGCGCAGUGCACCAGGUGUAUCGAGGACGAUUCCAUGAAAGCCAAGGUGACCAUCGUCUCCGGAGUCAUCUUCCUGUUGGCCGGUAUCCUGGUCCUCAUCCCUGUCUCCUGGUCGGCCAAUACCAUCAUCCGUGACUUCUACAAUGUGGCGGUGCCCCAAGCCCUGAAGCGAGAGCUAGGAGCUUCUCUCUACGUUGGCUGGGCAGCGGCUGCCCUCUCACUUUUCGGGGGUGCCUUGCUCUGCUGUUCUUGCCCCCCUAAGGAUGACAGGUACAGACCCACAAACACGACCUACUCAGCCCCCAAGUCAACGGUGGCCAGCUACGAAAGGAAGAACUACGUAUGAAGCAGCAGCCUGCCUGGGGCACCAGACUGAACCACCAGUUGCUGCACCUCUGAGGACGCUCCUGACCUUUGCUGUCACUUGCUCAAGAAAAGAGACAUCCAGACAUAUCCCUGGAAGUAAAUAUUCAGAGAUAUGUUCUACUUUAACUUUGGGGACUGAAUGAGGGGCUUUGGGCUAGCAUUCCCCCACCACAAAGUAUUCCUGAAAAGGAGAAGGGGAAACCUUUAGCUCGUCUUCUUGUGGAUAGCCUGUGACUUAAAACACACCCGGCCAUGUCUUGGACUUUCGUUGAGUGCCUCUGCAAGACUGGACCCCCGCUUCCUGUCCCUUGGGCUUUAUCUGCAGUCAUCGAAGGCUGGUGUGGGGCCAAGGUCUGGUUGCGCACUCUGGAAAGGCAGUUGAAGGCGUAGCCUCCACAUUGUUCCCGCUGUUCGCGGCUAGCGCCAGGCCCCUUUUAUUUCCUACCUCAGACCUUUGUUUCUGUAGGGAUUACAUGGGAAAGCGAUCGAUUUAAAGGGCGGGGGACGGAUAGGAUGAUAUUCUAGGGAAUAUUGCCCAGGCUUUUUUAUCGAGUUUUUUUUUAAUUCAGUCUUAAUUAUGAUUAAUGUGUAUAUCCCUCCUUGUUUUAAUCAGUGGGAGCUGCUGUGUUAUUGGAAUCAUUUUGCUAUAUUUCUAGAAGAUAUUCUAGGGGAGAUAGACCAUGGGGAGAGAUGUCCACCAAGUGUGAGAUCUGGUUGAUAUUGGGAACCCUUGAGAGAUGAUGAGUGGUAGGAUACGAUAUCAAACCAGGCCCCCUUUUUAAAGUUUAAAUAGCAGCUUUAGAGCACAGAAUUUGGUCUGAUUGGGCAAAAAGACCUGUGUUCUUGCUGGUUCCAGGGAGGAAUUAAGAUGGCCUCCACCUCCACCUCCUCCACUAUGCUGUGAAAGAGUUCACUCUGGCCCCUGCCCUGAGGUAAUAACUUUGUCCCAAACCGGGCCUCUGGGAAAUAAAUGGUUCCACCCAAGUUAUAGGGAAGUAUCCAUAGUGAAUGGCGAAUUUGCAUUUGAGCAAAGAGUCAGCUGUUGCUGGGAGCGAGAAGAUUGCAAUGGGUUGGUGAGGAAGAAAUAAAGAUGGCCGACAUCUGCCAUUUUUCUCAAGCCCGGCCCUUCAGCACAAGUGGUAACUUCCACAGUCAUCAGAAACAAGCUGUCUAGCAGAUACCAUCACCUCCUGGGAUAGUGGCAACCAUUGGAGCAGGGCAGAAAAAUAUUUAAGAAGUUGCUGGUAAAGUGAACCUUGAUGGGUAGCAGCUGUUCCGACUUUCCAUCGUGGACAUUUUAGCCAGAGAUACCAAGUAGGAUUCCCGUCCAACCAAGCUGGGAGGAAGCCAGGUUCAUUGUUACACGGGGCUUGAGGGCAGCUGACAACUCCCCCUCCCUUGUGUUUGUACAGUUAUAUGGUGUUUCCUUCUUUCUCCCACAAAUAAAACUCUGUUUUAGUAACUUGA